AUGCGUAUCCGCGCAUCUGAAGGAAGAGAUGGGAAAGGGAAGAAGUGGGAAGGAAAGAGAAGACGUGGUGUAGGCUCGUCCUCAGCCCCCCUGCUUCCAUCCUUCCAGCUGCUGCAAGUAGGGGAUGGACUAAUCCACGGCCAGCCCUACGUCGCCCGGGGGAAAGAGAUCGACACACAAUGUGCGGAACGGGACAUCGAGAUGAGGCGGGGGGAAGAGAUGAAGAGUGUAAAGAAAACAAGGAAAAAUGAGGGGCAUCCCUCUUCCCUCCCCUAUUUCCUCUCAGUCCCCAACCAGAGCCAACGGAGGGCCCACUCCAAGACCUCAUUAGCAGCUUCAGAAGUGGGUGUUGUUGUUCUUGGCAAUAUUUGCUACGCAGUGAAUACGUGUUAA